AUGACUGAGGUCCCCAUUCAUGAGAUCCCCCACAUCUUGUUUGCCACUACCGGUACCCGGUCUCACCCAAUCUUCGCGUUCUUCCCAGCAAUGUACGAACCCAAGUGUUCCAUCUUCCUCAGCGACAAAAUGUAUGCGACGUUCUAUGACCAUCUCCUAAACCCCGCCCUCGAACAACUCUCAUAUAGGGCACAGUCAGCAAGGUUUUCCGGCGAUGCAGAUUCCCAAACUUCCCAGCAUAUCCCCCCAAACUUCAUCGCGGCGCAGAACGCUUCCAUGGCCAAACUGGAGAAGUCUGGCAAGGGCGGUGGCGCGCAUGGGAGUCCGAUUGGCCUUGCCAUUAACUCAUCGAAAGAUACCAUGGUCUGGAACCACGUGGUGCAGGAACUCGACAACGUCCACGCGUCUCGGGAGUCCACCCUCUUCCAGUUCACUGGCAUGUUCUUUCUUUACAAUGCCAAGGGUCUGAAACUCGAAACGCAGCGGCAGAGGGUCCUCUCGGGAUGUAUCGAAGACUUUGCAUUCGAACAGGCUGAACGUUUCAACGAGGUUUUGUCUAUCGAGAACCAGAAUCGGCAGUAUAUAUUGACGUCGCAGCAGAGGUCAUACGGGCAGCUCAGGGAAUCUCGCAGAGCCAGCAGCCGUCGGUCGGAAAGCGGAAGCGACUCUGACGCCGGGGAAGACGACCAGGCAAUAACAGCGGCUAGGGGGCCUCGUGAUGCGGCGUUUCAACCACCCCACAUACCGAGGGCCACUGUGACCGAAUACCCUAUCGGCCUCCUCAGGGAUACCUCGUAUAGCCCGCUCAAGGAGCGAAUGGACGCAAAGAAGAUCUACCCCUUCUCCCACCCCGGCAUCGCCAACCUGGGCUAUAGUGGGGCCGACCACAACAGCAUCAACAUCCUCCAAAGGACAAAUAAUAACCGGUCAGAGGCAAAGAGCGCAGACACCCGAUCCAGAAAGCGUAUCAAGGAAGUUCUGCAGCAUACCAGAACCGAGAACUUUGGAUGGCGUACUGAGUUCCGGGUGACCCUCGGUCUCGCGCACGCUGACGUGAAUAACAUCACAUUCCCCUCGGAUGCUUUCCACAUCUAUAGGACCAACGAGUUCAGGAACUUCUUGCAGGGUAACAUUCAGAAGCAUCUCAUAGUGGUCGACACCAUCAGAGCUCUGUAUAGUCCCAACCAGGCCACACCAUUGGAGGUUGCAAGACUGCAUGGGCUGCUUAUCCUUGGUCUACGCCACUUCGUCUCGCAUUUCUCGCCAAGUGAAGACUGGAUGCUCAAUAACCCGCUACGCCGUUCCAACCUUGAGACUAGGAAGCCCGGCUUCGGAUUACGAGAGACAAUGGACCGGUUUGGCUUCGGGUUCUUCCACCACGGUAUAGUCGAUUGGAGAGAGUUCAAGAUCUCCAAGGAGUACAUCGAUAGUGUGACUCUCCCGGGCUUCUAA